AUGUCCUUAACUACAGCAGCCCCCCUUCUGGCAUUAUUAAGGGAAGAGGAUAGCUCUUUGAAAUCAUAUGCUCUAAGGUCUAUAGAUGAAGUAGUAGACCAAUUAUGGCCUGAAGUGGCAAACGAAAUUACCGAUAUUGAAUCCUUAUAUGAUGAUGCAUCCUUCACCGAUAGAAAACUUGCUGCAUUGAUUGCUUCAAAAGUGUACUACAACUUAGGUGAAUAUGAAUCAGCUGUUAAAUUUGCAUUGGCAGCUGAAGAGAAAUUUGACAUCGAUGAAAAAUCUCAAUAUGUGGAAACGAUUGUUUCACAAAGCAUCCAAAUGUAUAUUAAAUUAGCCACUGAAUAUUAUGCUAAAGAAUACCAAAAAAUCGAUCCCAAGUUAACCUUGAUUUUUGAAAGAAUGAUGAUAAAAUGUGUAUUAGCUUCCGAAUUUAAAUUGGCUCUCGGUAUUGCCGCAGAAGGUUUCAGAUUAGACCUUAUCGAAAAUAUUUUGAGAAAAAGAAUAGCAGAGGAUUCCGAUGUCAACUCCUUGAAAUUGGUCAGCUAUGUCUUAACUACAGCCACCACAAACAUUUCAAAUACAAUAUUCAGAACGGCAAUAUUGAAGUCGCUAUAUCAAUUAUUAAUGUCCAUGGGUGAAUCUACGGAUUAUUUUAUUAUCUUCAAAAUUGUUGUUAACUUAAAUGAUGCAAAGUAUGCAAUUGAAUUAUUUGAAAGAUUGAAAGAUAGCGGUAGUACCCAAACCUCCUAUCAGAUUGCAUUUGAUCUGGUUUCGGCGGCUUCUCAGAACUUGUUGGAUACUUUACUAGAAGAUUUGACAAAAAAAAAUUACGAUCCAAUAUUAUUAGACAUUUUAACUGGUCGUCCAACUUGUGACUACUAUAACACUUUCCUUCUUAAUAACAAGAAUAUUGACACAGAGUUGCUAAACAAGUGUAAGGCAUCUUUAGACGGGAAAUUUUCCUUAUUCCACACAGCAUUGAGCGUCGCAAAUGGAUUUAUGCACGCAGGUACUACUGAUAAUUCGUUUAUCAAGGCUAAUCUACCAUGGCUAGGCAAAGCUAACAACUGGGCUAAAUUCACAGCUACUGCUUCGCUCGGUGUCAUCCAUCAAGGUAAUUUAACCGAAGGUAAAGUUGUUAUGAAGCCAUAUCUUCCAGGAAGUCGUACCACAUCAAGAUUUAUUAAAGGGGGCUCUUUAUAUGCUUUGGGUUUAAUAUAUGCAGGAUUUGGUAAAGAAAUAUCAAGUUAUUUAGACAACAUUGUAGGAGAUAAUGCGGUAAAUACCGGUGACGAAGAUAUUGAUGUCUUAAUCCAUGGUGGUUCACUAGGUCUAGGUUUGGCAUCAAUGGGUUCAAGUGAUAUUGACGCAUAUGAAAGAUUAAGAGACGUAUUCUAUAUGGACAAUGCCACAGCAAGUGGAGCGGCUGCAUUAGGGAUGGGUUUGACCAUGUUAGGUAGUGGAGAUAAUAACGUCAUGAAUGAUUUAUUCAAUUUCAAAGACGAUACGGACCAUGGCAAUGUUACCCGUGAUAUUGGUAUAGCUUUAGCUUUAGUUAAUUAUGGUCGCCAAGAACUGGCAGAUGAUCAAAUUGAGAAGUUAGUCUCUAGUGAUGAUCCAUUGUUACGUUACGGUGGGACCUUUACUAUUGCUCUUGCUUAUGCAGGUACUGGUAGCAAUAAAGCUGUCAAAAAACUACUACAUAUAGCUGUUUCAGAUUCAAAUGACGACGUUAGAAGAGGUGCUGUGAUCGGUCUAGGUUUUGUACUACUAAGGGAUUAUACUACAGUUCCAAGAAUCGUGCAGCUUUUGUCGAAGUCGCACAACGCUCAUGUUCGUUGCGGUACUGCAUUUGCAUUGGGGAUUGCCUGUGCCGGGAAAGCCCUGCCCUCUGCAAUUAGCGUUUUGGAACCAUUAACUAAAGAUCCUGUCGAUUUCGUUCGUCAAGCUGCUAUGAUUGCAUUAUCUUUAAUUCUUAUCCAACAAACAGAGAAACUGAAUCCAAGUGUCAAAGCUAUCAAUGAGAAUUUCUUGAAAGUCGUAACAAACAAACAUCAAGAGGGUUUAGCCAAGUUUGGUGCAUGUGUAGCACAGGGGAUUAUGAACGCGGGCGGGAGGAAUGUUACUAUCCAAUUGGAAAAUACUGAAACUGGUACAUUAGAUGCUAAAGCAGUCGUUGGUUUAGCAAUGUUUUCCCAAUUCUGGUAUUGGUUCCCAUUAUCACAUUUCUUAUCACUUUCCUUCACUCCAACAGCAGUUAUUGGUGUUCGUGGUAGUGACUUGAAUAUCCCAAAAUUCGAUCUAAAUUGUUUUGCAAAAGAACAUGCUUUCGACUACCCAAAAAUGUAUAAAGAAUCAGCAAAUAAAGAAGUUGAAAAAGUUGCCACAGCUGUUUUAUCUACCACAGCAAGAGCCAAGGCUAGAGCUAAGAAGACAAAGAAAGACAAGGAUGAGGAUAAGAAUAGGAAAACUAAAAAAGAAUCGCAGGAAGAAAAAUCUAGAAAAGAAGACGAAGAUGAGGAGACAGUGGAUGAAGAAGAUGUCUACAAGAGUAAAUAUUCCGCCAAACCAUAUAAGAUCGUAAACAUGAGUCGUGUAUUACCACAGCAAUCAAGAUAUAUAUCGUUCAAUAAACAAGAAAGGUUUGUUCCAGUCCGUAAAUUCAAGGGUAACAUGGGUAUUAUAGUCUUGGAAGAUAAGGAACCUUCAGAACCUAUUGAUUUGAUUGAAACCGUUAGACAGAUGAAGGAUGUCAAUGCACCAUUACCCACGCCAUUUAAGGUUGAGGAUAAUGUUGAAUACAAUGAAGAUGCUUGA